UCCCAGUUAGUGAUGCCUUUAUUGACAUAAAGAGGUGGUGACCAGAAACACCCCCCGACUUUGCCCUUUAUAAAUCUUCAGCUGUCCUGCACUUUUGUGACCCGAGCCUUUCUUCGGUUUCAUGAAACUUCUUGCAGAAAUGAGGAUAUACCUGUGUUUGGCUUUAGUGCUGUGUGCAGUGCUGUCACUGGCAAACGGCCACUGCUAUCAAAUUCAAGUGGAAGAAGGUGCAGCACAAUGCCUGGAUCCGGGUGACAAUCGAUGGCACCCGCUGGGAACAACUUGGAGGAACAGUGAAUGCAUGGAUUGUUCCUGCAGCGGUUGUUGCUCCGCGUACGGCGUUCCCACAGGCGUCCCUGAUGACUGCGUAGCUGUGCUUGACAAAGCGGCAUGUGAAUACAAAGUGUUCAAAAAGAAUGACCUGUCUACUGAAUGUCCAUUUAUGGGUUUAGUAGGAAAGUGACAGAACAAUGGCAUCGCUCAUUGACUCCUCUACAACAACAAUGAUAUUUGUGUAAUACUAUACAGUAUAUAAUCAGGACAUUUAGUGAAUUUUUGGCAGAAGAAAAUGAUCAAAAGUGGAAAUGAAUAAAACAUCAAUUCUCUUUGGA